AUGCUUUUCUUCUACGUGAUUUUCUUAAAAGAGAAACGACCAGACAGAUGCGAAUGCGAACACGGAAUGCAGACCAAGGUUUAUGCUUGCGGCUGCAGAAAACGUGCGGGCAUCCAUAUUGCACGACGGAUCGGUGAUUCCGUGGUUACUUUGAUUGCAGAUAUAUCGUCUACAAAUUGUAUGUACUGUGUAACAUUGCUUAAUCGGGAGAAAAAGGUUACAAAAUCAUCGACGAGCGUAAGAAGACAACGAACGGGUAGACACUGUCUUUACCGCCAUUGCUGUGGGAUCGUGUCUGCUGAAAAACUGAUGAAAAGAAGAAGAAGCAAACAAUCUUGCGCACGCCUACGCAUUACCCAUGAUACCGUUUCCGAUCGUUGGAAAAUAUGCAACCAAAAUAGCUACGAUGAUAAUAUUAAUACUGCUGACGUUACUAAUAAUGAUAAGAAAAUAGGGGAAGAAAUCGUAAUUAAACCAGAAGAAGUAAACAUGUUGGAAAAGCAUGAAGAAGAUAUCGUAAACGAAUGUACUUGUGACGUGGUAGACGCAAAUGUAAAAUCUGCCGAAGUAGAAGUAAAUUCAGAAGAAGAAAUAUGUUCAGAAUUAUGCGCCAACGAAGCAGAUCCUAAACAUAAAAUAUCAAUUGAUUAUUCAUGUAUUUCGCUUGAUUACAACGUGUCUCGAUCGUCUCCCCUGUGCUCCAACACCAAAUGCGAAGAAAGUAAAUGUUAUGAUAAGAAAUUUAACGAGGUUUCUCGGAGUAGUCUAGAGUCACAAAUUGUUAAAGACGUCGACAAUGAACAAUAUUCAUCAAAACGUAUUCGUCGGAAAGCAUCCGAAACGCAAAGAAAAAAUAGUUUAUGUAAAAUUACCGAGAUACUUUCGGACGAGGAACUGAUCGAGAAUAUUAAUUCGGAUGUAUGUAAAUGCCCUUCAAGAGGAAUCAUGAAACAAUCGCAAAGUGACACCAGUUUCAGCGAAACGAUUAUUACACAUAAUUGCAUAGAUUCGAUUUUGUAUCGCGAAUUGAGGAAAAAAUGUGUAUCCGCCGUUAAGAAGAAACUGUCGAUAGAUUGCAUAAACGCUAUUCGAAAUAUCGCGACAAAAUCCCAUCAAGAGUCUGACAUUAAUAAUGAUAUCUUAAAAGAUUUUUCAGACGACGCACGAGUCUGUACUGCAAAGCAAAAAGAAAAAUACAAUUCAAAAUGUUUUGUGAACAAACAUCGAUCGAACUCAAGGUUGCAGAAAAGAUGUAUUCGUCGCGAGGUCGAAACGGGUUCCGCGCUUCCUGUUACUUGGCAAAAGAGUGCGAUGAAUUAUAAAAAGAAGUUCGAAUGUAAAAAUUGCUCCCGCGACACAAAGAUUCGUAAUCGUAACGGUCCGCAAUGGAACGCCGCCAACAAAGAAUUUCCGUUAAAAUUUCAUCCUUGUGCCGCGCAGGCGCAAAACAAAAUGCUUCCCGGAAACUUCCAGUGGCAGAAGAACAAUUAUACGUUGGAUAACGUAAAAUUGAAGAAAAAAAUCGAUGCUCUGCUAGAUCGUAAACUCAUUUUGGCUCGCGAGACUUGCGGCGCGAAGUACAGACAACAGUUCCCGCAAUGCAAAGAGAAACCAACUAUGGUCCUAUUCAGGAACAAAAGAUCAAACGGACCAAGAGAUCUAGAAAACUUUGAGAACUCUACGCUUUCAGGUUGCAGUUCUUCGACGACGUCCACGCAGUACACAAAGAGUUCGGUCCGUGACAGUAGAGUCGUUUGUCGGUGUCCACCGUACAAAACAUCGCGGUUCGCGAUGACUUUCAAAGAUCGACACAAGCAAGGUAAAUACAGAAUUGAUCGUUCGUCGUUGUUUUCGUCUUCGUCGAGCCUAUCGUCGUCCAAACGAUGCCAUUCGUGGACAGCGCUGUCGCGGGACUCUGUCUAUCAUAAACAAGAACCGAUCUCGUCUUCUUCGCGCGCUUCGACCUCGCUGUCAACCGAUAAGGAGGGCUAUGACUUUGGAAGAUGCAACAUCGAUCAGACUAUGAAAACAGGUAUCAUCAGGGAUUUGAGAAAGAAUCAAAGACUGUGGGCGAGGCCAAGAUUUCGUGAACAAGAGAGAAAGAAGACCAUAUACAUGGACGAGCAUCACGUUACGUGGGACAUGAAGCACGCGUACUAGGAAACAG